UUUUGGGUGCUACUGCGUCAGAAGAGAACCGUGAGGCUCUCCGUCCCUACUUCCCAAUCACCUUCACACUCAAAUUGUUUGCAUGCAGACAUGAAGAACUUGAAGAGCAUUUUUAAGUGCUUUAAAAAUAUGUGACUCACUUCUGUCCUAUUUAGUGACUUUAUGCUUAAAUACUUAGAUUCAAUAACUAUAAUUCACUGUGAUGCUCCCCCAUCCAAAUUGUAGACCAAUAAAACUACAUAUAGACAUGGUCUCAACUUUAUGACUGUAUCAGGGAAACCAACACAGCCUACCUAAUAAAUGAGUCCCUGAUACUGCUCCCUGAGACCAGCACUUGGGUCCCACCUAGGAGAAAAGUGAACCAAAGAAAUGCACGUGUAGGUUUUUCACACGUACAAAAGUCAUCAUGGCUGUAGCACCCAAAAGAGCCCCUGGAUGAAAACCUUCCAAGGCCUAUAACAAUGGUAUGGUGAAAUUGAACUUGUGGCAGAUUCAGAUGUUUGGUGCUGAUUUAUGUCCAUACACUGCGUCAGCACUGCCUUCCCCGCAGAGCAGGUGGGGGUGCUCUAGAACUUCUAGGUUCUAUGACUCAAUGGCUGAGGUUCUGGAGUUCUAGUGCUGCAAAACACCCAGGAAGGGCGCUGCGAAAGACCCCAUGUGACACUGCGGAGACUGGGACCAUGGUUUUGGCCGCGGCAGCGUCCCCUCCAUCCUCCUCCUGAGCGCUCUGCCACAAGCCAUGCAGUCCCCGGUCCAGAAGAAACAGGUCAUCCACGUGGCCGCGGUGCCCCCGGGCGCGCCUGUGCUGGCCGGUUUCCCUUACGCCCCCCACAACGCUCUGCUAGAGGUCCUGCGUGGGGAACCAGAAGUUUUGGGGGCUGUCCAGAUCCUGCUGGCGCUGGUCAUUGUUAGCCUCGGGAUUAUACUUGCAGUCAAUUCCUUUGUGUUCUCCCAAGCCUUUACCUUCAUCGUGCUCUCCGCCUAUCCACUUUGGGGACCCAUCAUCUUUAUUGUCACAGGAUGCCUCACAGUAAAGGAUAAAAACUCAAAAACACUGAGGCGGUGUGUCACAACCAUGAACAUCAUCAGCUCCCUGGCAGCAGCCACUGGGAUAAUUCUCAUCAUCAUCAACUACACAGAAGCACACAAAUUCUGCCAGAAGCUUCUCCUUAUCUCACCAUGUAUUAUAGGCAGAACACUUUUCCUCGGACUCUUGUCGAUCUUGUUCAUCAUCAGUAUCGUGGAGUUCAGCAUCUCUGUGACUAUCAUAUGCUUCAGAAGCACAUCCUGGAUACAGUCAGAUGAGGUUGUGUUUUUCCUGCCUUCGGAUGUUACUAGAAGUCAUGAGCAACCUACCUCAGAAGAAGGUGCUCAGCUACAGUUUUAUCGUCAGAAAGACUUUUCUAGUUUUGAUAUACCACCAGAAGCAAAAGCUGUUUUCUUUGGAGGCUAUGCUUUCUUCCAGUUAAGACACUCAAGAAGUCCUUCCAGCCAGGACAGGCCACAGCCAUGGAAGGAAAGGGCUUCAUUCUCUGCAAGUGAAAAACAGGAAAAUAUCUUUCCACGUGUUAAAUUCUCAGAUGAAAAACUUGAGCCAAAACCUAUACCUUAUACAUCAGAAGCAAGGUCCCCAGAAAAUGUAAAUACUCACCAAGUCUCUACAACGAGACAACUGACAGAUAAAGACCUACAGUACAUUGUUUUACACAACCCCAAAGAACGAGCUCAAGAGAUUCAGGGCCAGGACUUGCCACUGCAAGCUUUUCCAUCCCCAAAUGCAGCAAGUUUCCGUGUUUUGCCAGUUGAACUCCAGCCACCCAAAGCUCUUCUAUUGCAGGCCAUGCCUACACAAGACAGGCAAUCUCAAUCCACGUCAUCACAUAUCACAAGGUCCCCUGAUCUGAUACAUAAAACCUCAGAGCUGGCAGAAGACACUCUAUACGAAGACUCAGUAUACUAUCCUAUGACGCUCCCUUGUACAGAAUGCCAGUCAUCAUCAGAUCUUACGGAACAAAAUAGUCCAGCUGAAAGCCAGCAAUUUUCAGAAAUAAUAUACCAAGACAUUCUAUCUGAAGUCAUGGAAUUGACUCAAGAGUGGAAAUGCCCAUCAAGGCCUUCCUCAGACCAUGGAAGCAAACAUGGAAAAUCCUCACGGAGUAGCUCCUUAGGCCUGCAAACAAAACAUGGGAAAUACCCAAGAAAGAAAUCCCUAGACCAAAAAGUCAGAGCUUUGCUGUUCUCAAAGAAGCAUUUCACAGGUAAGAAAUCCCAAUAUAGUCAAACCUCAGAAGAGUUCCUAGAUCAGCAGGCCAGAGGAGAGGGAUCUCCAAAGCAACUAUCCAAAGACAAAGAAAAUAAGGAUCAGCCAGCUAAAAAGAACUCCCCAAAGAAGCAAACUCAUAGCCAACAAGCUGAAGAGGAGAAAUCCCCACAACGACAGCCCAAAAUUUGUCAAGCUGAAGGACCACAAACUCAAGAGGAAAAUAUUCCAAAGCGGCCAUACCAAGAUGCUGAAUACAGAGGAGAGCAAUCUCCACGCUGGUCAACCUCAGACUCACAAUAUUUUGUACAGCAGUCCCAAAAUUGGAGAAGUCAAGACUGGAGAAACAAAGACUGGAAAGCACAAGAACGGCAAUUUGAAAUGCAUAACUUCCUACACUGUGAAUCCCAAGAUCUAUUGAAGAAGAAAGCCCUAAACCAGAGCAGUGCAAUCCAACAAGACUUAAGCUGGCAACUUCAAGACAAGCAGUUCCAGGAGGACCAAAUGAUGCUAAGAAAUGAUAUGCAAAUGGUCAAUAUGCUGACAUCAGACAUCAAGCUAGCAAGCAUGGACUGUAGAGACCAAAACCCAAUAGACACUCAGUCAGAAAAUGCAGAACCAGACUAUCAUCCUUCUUCUAGCCAAAGUGUUGUACAAGACACAUAUUUAACUUAUUUAACUAGUAUGGAUUCAGAACGAGAGGUCCAACAAAACUCUUCAGUUUGCUCAGGGUCAACCAAAGAUGAUCUGAACACACAUUCUACCUCCUGUUCUCUAAAAGAUGAUCAACAGCAAUAUGAAGACUCUGAGUAGCAUGCAGAAUGACCUUAACAAUGGAAACAAGUGAAGGAGAAACACGAGUCUUCCAUAAACUUAUGUUCUCAACCAUGGUUGCUACCUCACGCCCUAAAAGAUGGUGGGUAUGCAAAACCCUCCAAGGAUCCAGUCUCAGUCAAAGUCCAGUGACAAAAAACUAAAUGCUAACAUGGUGGCAGAACUUUGGUUGGGGUAAAGGAAUAAAUCAUACAUGAACUUUCUGUCAUCAAAUACAGCGUUUCCAUUUAUGA